CGUAAAUUGUUUAUUCCAAGUUGAACGCAUAUAAUUUUCCUCCACCAUGAUUUAUAUAUACUGAUAUAAACGGUUUUUUUCACAAGUGUAUGAUGAUACAAAGACAAACCGCUUUUUUCCUCAGUGAAAGGUGCAAUACUACAAUUUAUUUUGUGGUAGUAUGUUAUUAUGGUUUAAAUGUCAUUAUUUAUUGGUUAGUAAUCUUUAAUCGCGGUAGAAUCGUAGAGCGCGGCUGGUGGCUGCCGGCUGGUGUAUAUGAUUGCACAUUGGUUCCUACCGCAGUAGCCACUAUCAAAAUAUCAAAUACUACAAAAUAUUUUUUUUUUCCAUUUCAUUUGGUCAUAACUAGAGAGUCACGACUCACGAGUCUGUUCUCGCCGUUGUCCGGGACCGGAGUUCAUAUCCCACGUAAGCCAUAUUUUCCUCAUUGUCAUUGAAAACAGUGUAGAACGUGAGAACGUUCUGUGCAAAUACUCGAACAUUCUUCUAGUCGUAAUUCGGCACAAUGGCUACCAUUACCAAUGAGUCUGAUUCUUCGCGAAAAAACACGAACAAUGAAGAAAAUGAUAAUAAAGAUGAACAGAAUAACAUGUUUGAAUGUAACAUAUGCUUGGAUAAUGCAAAGGACGCUGUUGUCAGUGUCUGUGGUCAUUUAUUUUGCUGGCCAUGUUUGCAUCAAUGGUUAGAGACUCGAUCAAGUCGUCAAGUAUGCCCCGUAUGUAAAGCUGUAAUAAGUAAAGAUAAAGUAAUACCAAUUUAUGGACGUGGAAAUUCUAAACAAGAAGAUCCCAGAAAUAAAGUGCCACCUAGGCCUGCUGGUCAAAGAACUGAACCUGAACCUAAUUCUGGUUUCCCGGGUUUUUCUUUUGGUGAUAGCGGUUUCCAUUUAUCAUUUGGAAUAGGAGCAUUUCCUUUUGGAUUUUUAACAUCGUUUAAUGUUACUGAUCGUCCGCAUGGUGUUCCAGUUGCUAAUCAACUACAACAAGACGAUCAAUACUUAUCAAAACUUUUCUUAUGGAUUGCAGUAAUAUUUAUUAUUUGGCUAUUAGUGGCAUAAUUUACUCUAAGAGUACGUUUUUUUUAUUUUACCAUUCAAUUAACUACAAUAGUAAGCACUUCAUGAGGGCAUAAUUUUAUAUAUUGUAUUUAUUCACUUUAUUGGUUAUAUAAGUUUCAAAUAUACUUCAAUUUUUAUUGUAUUGCGCAGUCUAAAAUUUUUAAUUUAAAGUGUUAGUUAUGUUUUUUAUGAUAUAUAAAACUUUAGCUAUAAUAUUAAACUUUGUAACAGUUUGACGAAUAUUUUGUCUAUGAAUUUACUAAGAAUAUUUAUAAAACCAAU